CUCGCCCCGGGCCCAGCGCGCUCCCGCCCCCCCCUCGCCCCGCCCCGGGAGCCUGCCUGGCGCGGGCCGAGGGCGCAGCCACAGGACCUGGGCUCUAGGGGAGCCGCGCUCGGACCGGAUUUGUGCCCUGGGCCUCAGGGAGAGCGCCGGGGCCGAGACAUGGCCGAAGCAGGUUUCCGGCCCCCGCGAAGGAAGAGGAGAGUGUACGAGCCGCUCCGGCCGCCCUUUCCCCUGCCCGCUUCCCGGCACUUCGGGCCCUGCCGGGCGGAAAUGCUGAACAACCACGUGCUGGUCCGGAGCCCCGAGGACAUGGAGCAGCUGUACAGCCAGGGCUAUUUUGGAAAAGGUAUUCUUUCAAGAAGCCGACCAGAGUACAGUAUUUCAGACCCUUUAUUGGUUGGUAAGUGGCGAGAUACCCAGAUAAAUAUGCCCAUUCUAACAUCAAAAAAGUACCAUUGUCAUGUAGAAUGGGCUAAAAGCCUUAUGCAAGAACAAGGACUUGAUGACGACUCAGUUAAAAUUCUUGAAAAUUACAUUAAGCCAGUUCCCCUGCCAUUUAUGAAAGAGGAAGGAGAGGCUGACCAAUGCAGCGAAAAAAUGGCUCCAGAAAUAGAAAAUAAAGAAGAUAGAGUGGAACUUUCAGAAGAUUCUUCCAUAAUUAAUGGAGAUGUGAUAGCACCAAAUGUUGAAUGUCAUAAGGAGAGUCUAGACUGCAAGAAACCCUAUUUGGAAGGGGAUCCACUUCAUGAUCCAUUGGCCAAGUAUGGCUCUAAGGAACUAGAUGCAAUGGAUUCUACAGCCAUGUUUACAGAACAUUGCCAGAAACAUAGUGACUUUGCUAUAUACACUGGUUGCAAGGCAGAAGGCGACACUGAGCAACAAGUAUCUUCCGGAUUGGCCAGUUCUAUAGAAUAUGUUCUGGUACAGGAAGAAGAAAGUAGCUUUUGUCAUGAUGAAGCUGCAAAUGAGCAAUCAAAUUCAAUCAAAAAGGAAAAAUUAGUAUGCAGAAGAAAUCCAUUUAGGAUUUUUGAAUAUUUGCAACUCAGCCUGGAAGAGGCUUUUUUCUUGGUGUAUGCCCUAGGAUGUUUAAGUAUUUAUUAUGGUGAGGAGCCUUUAACUAUCUUGGAGCUAUGGAAAGUUUUUGGUGAAGUGCAGCCCAGUUUUAGAACAACAUACAUGGCAUAUCACUACUUCCGCAGUAAAGGAUGGGUCCCCAAAGUAGGACUGAAGUAUGGAACUGACUUCUUGCUGUAUCGAAAAGGCCCUCCCUUUUACCAUGCAAGUUAUUCUGUCAUGGCUGAAUUAGUUAAUGAUGACUUCAAAGGGUCACUGCGCAGACCAUUUAGUUGGAAGUCUUUGUCUGGAUUGAAUAGAACAACUACCAACGUGUCUAAGGAGCUUAUAUUAUGCUAUUUGAUUAAACCAUCUGAUAUGACUGAAAAAGAAAUGUCAUCCCCAGAAUGUAUGAAAAGAAUUAAAGUUCAGGAAUUAAUUGUAAAUCGAUGGGUCUCUUCUCGUGAGCGCAAUGAGCAGGACGAACUAUAAUGAAAUAAGAAAUAGUGUCAAAGGAACAAAUUAUUGUAAUCAAAUUAGAGUAUAGUCUUAUCAUGGUAGAUCUGUUCCACAGAACAGUUACCUUUCCCUGCUAAAAUGCAAUGCAUGCUUGUAUCAAUGCUAUUUAAAAUUAUACUGAGCAAAGAGUAUCUUGUGUACUAAUACACAUAAUUGGUAACUGUUUUGUCCAUGUGGAAAAAAUUAAAGCUUCCUCCCCUCCAA